UACCCCUCAAUCAAAAAAACAAUAAACAGAGGGAGUCGCCAAAUUUUCUCAUCAUUUUCUCGAGAAAAUAGACUAAGCGAUUCCCGAGAAAGAACAAAAAAAAAAACAUCUGGUGAAAAUGAGAGAAAUCCUUCAUAUUCAAGGAGGUCAGUGUGGAAACCAGAUCGGAGCUAAGUUCUGGGAAGUUAUUUGCGGCGAGCAUGGUAUCGAUCACACCGGUCAGUCAUGUGGCGAAACAGAUCUACAGCUUGAAAGGAUCAAUGUCUAUUUUAACGAAGCUAGUGGAGGCAAAUACGUUCCUCGCGCUGUUCUUAUGGAUCUGGAGCCUGGAACUAUGGAUUCUCUCAGAUCCGGGCCGUUUGGUCAGAUUUUCCGGCCGGAUAACUUUGUGUUUGGGCAGUCUGGUGCUGGGAAUAACUGGGCGAAAGGUCAUUACACCGAGGGAGCAGAGUUGAUUGAUUCGGUGCUUGAUGUUGUGAGGAAGGAAGCUGAGAACUGUGAUUGUCUUCAAGGUUUUCAAGUAUGUCAUUCUUUGGGAGGAGGAACUGGUUCUGGCAUGGGAACGCUUCUUAUUUCUAAGAUAAGAGAGGAAUAUCCAGAUCGUAUGAUGAUGACCUUUUCGGUUUUCCCAUCUCCUAAGGUUUCUGAUACUGUGGUUGAGCCAUACAAUGCUACACUUUCUGUUCACCAGCUUGUUGAGAAUGCUGAUGAAUGUAUGGUUUUGGAUAACGAAGCUCUUUACGAUAUCUGUUUCCGUACCUUGAAGCUUGCUAAUCCUACAUUUGGUGACCUUAACCACCUUAUCUCAGCUACAAUGAGUGGUGUUACAUGCUGUCUUCGGUUCCCUGGUCAACUAAACUCCGACCUUAGAAAACUUGCUGUGAACCUUAUUCCUUUCCCACGACUCCACUUCUUCAUGGUUGGUUUUGCACCUCUGACAUCAAGAGGAUCUCAACAAUACAGUGCCUUGAGUGUCCCUGAGCUAACUCAACAGAUGUGGGAUGCCAAAAACAUGAUGUGUGCAGCUGAUCCCCGUCAUGGUCGUUACUUGACAGCUUCUGCUGUGUUCCGUGGAAAGAUGAGUACUAAAGAGGUUGAUGAACAGAUGAUGAACGUCCAGAACAAAAACUCCUCAUACUUUGUUGAAUGGAUUCCAAACAACGUGAAAUCAAGCGUCUGUGAUAUAGCUCCCACGGGAGAAGGAAUGGACGAGAUGGAAUUCACUGAAGCAGAGAGUAACAUGAAUGAUCUUGUUGCAGAGUAUCAGCAAUAUCAAGAUGCUACAGUCGGUGAAGAGGAGUAUGAGGAGGACGAAGAAGAAGAAGAGGCCUAAAGAAAAAAUGAUUCAUUACUACUUUUGUAAGGCUUUUACACAAGCUGUAAGUUCGUCGCACUCAUUUCUUUUAUCUCCUUCUUUUGAAUUGGAUUCUCUCUUUUUGUGCUUUGUGUGUUUUGUUAUUGAGUUUCUUUCCAAAAACUAAGAUUUGUUCUGGAGUGUAAUCCAUUUGCCUAUGCUUCUUUGUUUUGUCUAUGAAAAUAUUUC